GUCUGCAAAGGCGAGGCCAGCCGGAGCGGCCUCACAGACGCACACGCGGAGGCAGCGUGGAGCGCAAUGAACACAAGCGGUUCCGCGAACAGCCCGGGCGGCAGAAGGCGGCUCCCUCCCGCCCGGCCCGUAGCUUGAGGGUACUAGAGAUACUAGCGCCAGGCAGCUGGCGGACCAGGUGCGUUAAGGCAGGUUGCGCCUCUCUCGAGGAAUGCUGGUGAGCAGCGUCAAAGUGGCGCCGGCGGCUUUUGCGCCGAGGAAUCUAAGCGAGGUUUGCCGGGCCACCCGGCUCCUCCCGGGCGUGUGGGCAAGAGCGGUUGAAAGCCCCGUCAUUCGCUACUAGAGGGCAGCGAGUCAGGCUCGCAAGCUGCAGGGGCCGAGGGGCGACCGGCGUGUUCUCCAGCGCCGCUUUUACGCGCAAAGGACAGAGGGGAGGAGAAAGACAGUUUCAUCAUCGCUUCGGAGAGCGGAGCGGGCUUAUAAAAACGCCCGGCGCCGGCUCUGCAGCCUGGCUGGCUUUCUCUUCUAGCGCGGAGGAAGGUGGGGAGGAAGGCGGGCGGGCGAGCGGGCACCUGGCCGCUGCAGUCAGCGGGGCGCGGAGGCGCAGGGUUCACGAGUGCUUGGAAUCCAGAGGGACCCCUGGAGAGCUGUGAGCGGACAAUGGGAGUCCACACCGAAAAUGGCAAUGCUCCGAGAAUCGGCAACAGCCGACACAGUUUCAGCACCUGCUUCGGGAGCAACAUCUACAACAUCAAGGUAUUUGUGUUUUGCCAUGGCAUGUUACAGCUGUCUCAGCUCCUCUACAGUUCAUAUUUCAAGAGCAGCCUGACGACCAUUGAGAAACGCUUUGGGCUUUCCAGUUUCUCUUCCGGCUUCCUCUCCAGUCUGCAUGAGAUUGGCAACAUCGUCCUCAUCAUCUUUGUCAGCUACUUUGGGAAUCGAGUUCACCGUCCUAGGAUAAUAGGUCUUGGAGGCCUACUGAUGGCAAUAGGAGCCUUCCUUCUGACCCUUCCACAUUUCCUCUCGCCCCCAUAUAAGUACACUGGGACAUACAUUGAUAAGAACAGCAGCAUCACAGCUGAGAUCUGCCUCAGAAAGGAUGAACACCUACGCAGAAACAUCACCGAGAAUACCCAGGUAGAAGAAAGCUCCUUGUGGGGACUAAUGGUGGUUGCCCAGCUGUUGGCAGGAAUUGGGACCGUCCCAAUUCAGCCUUUUGGGAUCUCCUAUGUGGAUGAUUUUGCAGAGCCGAAUAACUCAGCUUUGUAUGUAGCAAUUCUAUUUGCCAUAUCAGUGUUUGGCCCUGCAUUUGGAUAUCUGCUUGGCUCAGCAGCACUGCAGAUCUAUGUGGACGUCGGGAGAGUUGACCUGAAGACUAUAAACUUGAAUCCUGGAGACCAGCGUUGGAUUGGAGCAUGGUGGUUGGGACUCCUCAUUGCUUCAGGUUGCUUGACGCUCACAUCCAUUCCCUAUUUCUUCUUCCCUCGAUAUAUGAUCAAAGGGAUGUCCUCACCCUCACAGAUCGAAUCUGAAGCUGACAUAUUGAAGAAGAUUGAGAAAGCAAAGGCCGAGGAAGGAACCCUGCUGGAAUUUAUUAAAAAGUUCCCUCGAGGUUUCCUCUCACUGCUUCUCAAUCCGCUCUUCAUAUUGCUGGUUAUAGCUCAGUGCAGCUUCUCCUCGGUCAUCGCUGGCCUCUCUACCUUCCUCAACAAAUACCUGGAGAAACAGUUUGGGGCCAGCCCCUCAUAUGCAAACUUUCUCAUUGGAAUUGUGAACCUGCCUGCAGCUGCUCUUGGAAUGCUCUUUGGGGGUAUCCUCAUGAAGCAUUUUGGAUUCUCCCUGAAAACCAUCCCACGGUUCUCCAUCAUAGUGCUUCUGAUCUCCACGCUUAGCUGCCUUCCUCUCUUCUUUAUGGGCUGUUCCACAAAGAUGGUGGCUGGAAUUUAUCCACCCAGAACAUCAAGUUCCUCAGUGCAGGAUCAAUGCAACAAACAAUGCUUGUGUUCUGAGUCUAUCUUCCACCCUGUUUGUGGAGCGAAUGGUGUGGAAUACAUCUCUCCCUGCCAUGCAGGUUGUACUGCCUUUGUCACUAAUUCGUCUACAGCCAUGGUUAUGAUGUACACAAACUGCUCCUGUAUCCACACAGUGAGUGGACAGACCUCGGCGAACACAGAAUCCUGCCCAAUCAGCUGUGCCCAUUUGCUGCUUCCUGUUAUAUUCCUGAUCUCAUUUGCGGCAUUGAUUGCCUGCCUGUGUUCAAACCCUCUCUACAUGAUGGUGUUACGAGUGGUGAACUAUGAAGAAAAGUCCUUUGCCAUUGGUAUCCAGUUCCUGUUGAUGAGAUUGCUGGCUUGGUUGCCAGCUCCUGCCCUCUUUGGCUUACUCAUUGACUCUUCGUGCAUCUGGUGGAGAAAACAGAGUGGCAAGAUUGGAUCCUGCGCUUACUAUGAUAACAACUUCUUGCGCAGCAGGUACAUAGGUCUCCAGGUGGGUUACAAACUCAUUGGUGUUCUGUUGUUGACCUUAAUCAGCUGGAAGAUGACCAAGAACAAAGAAUAUAAUGUUCAAGGCAAAUCCUCGGGUCUAGUAUAGCCCUGUACUACAAAAGAAGACCUCUCUUGAGCAUCAUUUAUGCCCUGAGCUCAGUUUUAUACCUUGCCUGUAUUUACUCAACAGCCUUUGUGGCCUUUUUACAUUAAGGGAACAACUUCAUAUUCACAGUUGAACUUUAAAUUCUUGCAUAUAGGCUCCUGUUGUGUGCAGCCCAAAGAAAUGAACACACCGAUGCCAGUAAGUGGAGCAUAAACUGAACUCCCAGUAACCAAGACCUAGCCCAGAGGAUAGUAAGCAUUAAAGAACUGAUGCAGCCUGCUAGUCUCUCUGGGAGGUCUCAGUGAAAAUGUCCAUGGACCUAGGACAGGGACACCCAGCAUGGGCCACUGUGGGGUUGUGCUUAUAUCCUACAGUCAACAUGACAUGCCCAGGAGUGGACAUUUCUUUUGAUUUUCUAAGCAGAUGGGUCAGACAGUUGGAAGAAAGCCAACACAGGCUCUUGGAAAACAUAAGAAGGAUUAAAAAGGCAGGUGAAAACUGUUACAGCUAAGAGAACAUAGCUUAGAAGUUCUUUGAUGAGGAAGAAGCAGUUCUGUAAUGAGUGUGUUGUGCCAAGAUUGCUUUGGAGGUAUGUGGAGUGGGGGGAUGGCUUGUUGGGGCAGCCCCCGUUUGAUUCCAUCUCCUCCAGUUUCAUAACCACCUUCCUUUCUUUUCUCCUCCUCUUUCCCCACUUCUCCAUUACACAGGUCAGGGUGAAUAUAAACUUCACUCACCGUUUAAAGUUAUUGUUAUGAAAUAUUGAAUUUUUAAAUAAAAGCAACUUUUUUCCAA